GCUAGCUCUCUUUGUUCUCUCUCUCUCUCUCUCUCUCUCUCUAGAUCUCUGUGGUUCAAGGUCUGAGAAAGUGCAACAGAAUCCCUUCUACCUAUAAAGAAAAACCACUCCUUACCCACCAUACCAAAAUACUUGCCGUAACCUAAUCUCCCAGCUUCCCUUCCCUUCCCUUCCUUUCUUCUCUUAGUCUCUUCCUUGCUUGGGAGUAUUAUCACCACUGCACAAAUGUUUGUGUUGAUGUUGUGUCCAUCUCUCUUGUUGAAGAACAAGGUCUUCUUCUAAAUAGAGACAAAGGAGCCUUUGGAGGCAAGGAGGAGGAGGAGGAGGAAAGAGAUGGGUUGUGGUGGUGGGUCUUUGAGGGUCUUCCUUAUAUCUCUUGUAUUUGUUAGUUUUAUUGGAUUUUUGUUGGUUGAGGUCCAAGGAAGUGGAGGUUCCAAAACAAAAACUAUUACUACAUCUCCAACAGGAAGUUUCAAGCAAUUGGAGCUGAUAGGAACAAAUGGACCUGUUGUUCAUACAGAUGUAGACAUCAAUUACAUGAGCAAGAGAAGGGUUCCUAAUGGUCCUGAUCCCAUUCACAACAGGAGAGCCGGGAAUUCUAAACAGCCACCCGGCCGAGCUUAAGCCUUUGAUGAUGGAGAAGCUUCACUUCUGUAACAGAAGAUUGAUAUCAUUAGACAAAUCUUAAAUUUCAGAAUCUUAAGCUCCACUUACACAAAUUGUCAGAGGAGGUGGUUGAAGAAAGCAAAGCUUGUCUCUUACAAAUUAAAUACACGUACAAGAAUCCUGAGAAAGAUUAAACCACCUUUGCAGACACCCCACUUUAGUAUUGCCAUGUCCUUCUAAAUCUUAGAGAAGAGAGAGAGAGAGAGAGAGAGAGAUUCAUGGAUUGGGAACUGGAUUAAUAUCUUUACUUUGUUCAUGUAAAGACCAAACGAGUAGAUACAACAAAAAGAAAAGUAGACUGGAACACAACCCAAGAAAUGUUCUAGUAGCACAUAUGAUAUGGGAGAGAGGGUAUGUAAAAUAAUCUACAUCAGUCAAUCAAUCAAUCAUCUUUGGCUUUGGCUUUGGCUUA